GACGUUGCAUACACGCCUAUGAAAACACGAGAGACGUGUAACUUUUGACAGUUCCGGGAAAAUAAAACGGCAUUAGUUUGCUCAAAUGAAAUUGUAUCAAAUAGUUGACUGAAACAUAAAGAAAUUAAGCAAAUGAGUCCGCGUUGUUGCUCUUUUCAGAAGGUAGGCUACAUAAAGAAGUGUCAUCAGUAUGUUGAGCCGAUCUAUAGUCGUGCAAAGUCUCAGGAGUAUCAGAGAUAGAUUUUUUGAUACAAGAAGACACAGAAAUGAGCAAAGUGAUGGGCCAAGUGAUGAUGCCAUGGGAGCCUCUCUGGAUAAUUUGUCGGUUGACAUGCAGUUCCUCAUCAUGACCUUCCUGUCUCCGCAAGACCUCUGCAGACUGGGAGGCACCAGCACAUACUGGCGGUCAAUGGUUCGAGACCCUGUCCUGUGGAAGUACUUCCUGCUGCGUGAUCUGCCACUCUGGCAGUCAGUUGACCAUUUAUCAUUGCCUCGGGUCAAGCUCAAUAGCUCAGCUGUGCUAGAGGACUCUGAGAUGCACUUUGAUUAUAUGGCAGAGUAUCUACGUGUCUGCCCAGCUUGUCGAAACCAAUGGCGUCAUCAGCCCAGGGCAGCGUUUGAGUCUGUGGCUUCCUUCUUCCAGUCUUUUGUUCCUGUUGCAGAGCCGCAGUUCGCCAUUUUCGGCCCUGGGCUUGAGCAGUUAGAGGUUUCACUAAUGAAUGUGAUGAUGAAUUCUCCUGAAAUUCUGCCUAUAGCAGGAAUACCUCAACGACAGAUUGAUGGUAUUGGAUCUGGAAUCAGUUUUAAGUACAAAGAUCAGCACAGAUUCAAUAUUGCAACAUUAUAUUCAAAUAACAGGAUGGAGCGAGAGAGAGCUCGUCUAGAGCAACUCAGUCUGCGCAGUAAAAUCUUCAUCUAUGAAGAGGACAGUGAGUCCAACAUACCCGCAAGCCUCAACCCUAUGUUUAAUCAAGUGUGCCAAGCUGUGAAUGGAUUCAUCUUUGUUGCCAAUGCUGAGACAGAAAGAGGAAUGGACAAAAGCUGGGAGGAGGAAAUUGCACAAAUCAGAGUCAUGUUAGACCCUGCAGUGGGCACUGCAUCCCGUCCUGUCCUGAUACUCUCCUGCGUGUCUAGAGAAACACCAGAUAGACAGAGGAUUCAUUGUGUGACUAUCGCCCAUCAGCUUCAGCUAAGCUCACUUGUCAACCCCUGGAUGGUUCUAGACACGACUGCAGAAACACUGACAGGACUGCUGGAUGGCAUUGAUUGGCUGCUGAGACACUCUGGAAUCAAGCUGUAACCACCGAAACUGAUUUAUUAUUAUAUCAUAACAGGCUGCAUUUCAAAAUCUGAUUAUCUGAAAGAUCCUAUAUACCAAUCACACUGUUAUUAGUGGUUGCACUUCUGUGGUGAUCAUCCUAUGAAAUUUACAUAAUUUGGUGACUCAAAAUGUUUUAUGCAUUACACUUGUUUGACCUCUUAUAGGUUUGACUCAAUGUUGUCUGAUAAUUGACUGUACCAUUUAU